CACAAUUCCACUUCCCUAACAACAUACCAAUAUGGACGCCUAAACCAUCACAUUGAGAACGUUUCUACUAAUUUCCACGAGAUUUUGUCUCUUAUUUCACUUGCAUCUUGUUUAUGAUUCCAUCUCUACCUUACCCUAGUUCUAAGGAAUCAAUCAUUGGGUAUAGAUCACAAAUCUGUACCUGAAUUAAUAUUAUUAUUAUAUUAUAUCUGUUUUGUAGCAGACGACGCAUCUUGACUGAUAGGCUUAUUGGAUACUUGCAAAGGCACGUAGCCAGAUCAAAGUGACAAGAUGGCUGCAGCAGCUGGCGUUAAAUCAAGUGCAAAAGAUGCUCGAGAGCUGUACGAAAUGAAGGAAAGGGCAAUACGAUUUUACACAGAUAAUGGCGUCCCUAAGAAGAUGGAGGAGAUCCUGAACUCAAUGUUUCAUGACAACCCAGCAGAUGUGUAUGGCCAUCUUGCAAAUUAUUUUGCUGAAUUUGCCAAAGUCCCAGUAAUCACAAAGGUAAAAGGUCGACAAGGGUAUGACAGCAAAGGACAGUCAACUGUGCAAACUGAAGUUUACUGCAUGGUAAAGAACCAUGAAAAACUCAUCAGUUCCUGUGUUGCCCCAAGUGUGACUUCAAUGCUGCUGGACACUGCAAAGCCAGAAGAGAAAGACACUGAGGAUGCAGAGAGACAGGCGUCUGUAACAGCAGCCAUCAACUACAUCAACACCGACAUCUGUAACAAACUGGAGGGUCUGGACCCAACACAGCAGACGGAGGCAGACGAUGUUGUGUACAACUUCAUCCAGCAGAUGAAAGAUGAAAUGGAAGCCCAGAAGGCUGCGGAGGCAGCAGCAGCAGCUGCAGAAAAUGCAGAAGAGGCACCCACACAGGACACCAACGAGUCUAAUAAUUCUAAGAAGGCCAAAUCUCCUACUGGAAAUGAGGUUGAGGGGGACCAGAAAGGCGCUAAAGGCAAAGCCAGUCAGAUCAUUAUCAUCCCUGAUGAAGCACGGGAAGAGUUGCUAGACGGCAGCUGUCUCGUGAGCGCUCUCAGUCAGGCUGUGUGUACAGCUGGAGCCGCCAUCAAGGACGUCCAACUCUACCACUAUAUUGCCGCUCUCAAACACAAAGAAAUGCCCAGCACACUACAGCUUCCUCUGCCCAUGGUCACCAUCAUACAGGGUGGGAAGGGAGCUGCAGGGAAGAUGAACUGUAUCAAGGAGUACAUGGUCAUCCCCAAACCUGGUGUCCCCCUCCGAGAGAGUAUGAAGAACAUCCUAGGAAUCUACAACCACGUCAGUAAAGCUCUGUGUGUGAAAGGAGGGGGGAAUGCAAGGAAUGUCAAUGACCUGGGUGCCCUGUGCCCUGUGUUCGACAAGCCCGAGCAGGGCCUGGACCUGAUCCAGGAAGCCAUGACUGCUCUGUCUCUCACCCCCGGCGAGGAUGUCAGCAUCGCCCUCAACAUAGCAGCACACGAGAUGUUCGACUUUGACAAGGGCAAGUACGAGGUGGUGACCGGUCAGCUGAAGACUACCGAGGAUUAUGUUGAGUUCCUGGUGGAACUACUCGGCCGCUACCCUGCCAUCAACGCUGUCAUCGACCCACUCAGGAAACAGGAUCGUGAGCAGUGGAUACGACUGUGUGACCGUAUCUCAGUGGCUGGUUACAUCGUCGGUGACUACGGCUACCACCGCCCAGGUCUGCUGAAGCAUGAGGAGCUGGAUGAGGACUAUCAGACCAGUGGAAUCCUCCUCAGAUGGGAGCAGAUGAACACGCUGUCAGACAUUAUCGCUGUGGCCAACAAGAUGGAGGAAGCCGAGAAUGAGAUCUUUGUGACUGCUGGUCCUGGGGAGACAAGCCAGGACAUCCUUGCUGACUUGGCUGUGGGUCUGAAUGCACGUUUUCUCAAGCUUGGAGCACCAUGUCGAGGGGAGAGGAUAUCGAAGUUGAACCGUCUGCUGCAGAUAGAGGCAGAGCUAGAGGAGCAAGGCACCCUGGGAUUUCAUGAUGCUCAUCUGUACCCUCGUAUAGAACUAACCCCUCCACCGGUCGCUACAGAGACAGAAGCUGAAGACAGUUCCCCAUCACCAGCUAAGAAGGGAACCAAGAAGAAGUGAGGGGAUGGCAUCAGUGAAGGAUGUUCUCGUAAUGGCUGACAGUGUUAGGAUGAUGCUUUCCUGGCAACUAACUGUACUGGAUGUUUAUCUAGACUUUCACGCUGGCAAAUUGUGUAAAUAAUCACAUUGAGAUGUUCACUGAGAAACAUCUUGGCUGUCUCAUCUAACACAGGAGAGAUUGAAUUACUAGUGCCAUGUGAAACUUACAAGUACCAGAUCUUCCACGAUAUCUCUGGUCUUACAUUUAAAAUACCCUGGAUUAAAGAACAGCAAAGGCAACAUAGAUGUUUUGUUAGGCUAAAGCAAAAUAAUAGUCUUGGUUCUUAGGCUCCGCCCACAUCAUCAUAAAGUUUGCCACACGUUUCCUUUUUAUUUCCAUUUUACGAAAAAAAAUAAAUCCAUAUUCCAUGUCUAACCGAAGUCAAAUACUGUAUUCCAGUAUUUUAGUCAGGAAGAAAUUCAUUUAUGUAGGGAGGCCCUUUUCCAGAUUGAUUGUACAAAGCUAUUCACCAAAAAACAAAAAAAAACACUGCCCGCCCACACUAUAUUUUCCAUAGGCAUUGCCUGAGAACCAAUUUAAAAAAAAAUAAUUAAGCCUUACAUCUUAAUUCUUCUGACAUGAAAGAUGUAAAGUUUAAUUGUCCGAAAGUCUAACUUUGGUUCCUUCUUGCCAUAUGUAUCCCUCUUUGUUUAACCUGAGCUGACUGUACUUCUCACCAUGUUCCACUUGUCCAUGUCAUGCAUUUUGUGUUAUCAUGUACAGGUACAGCCCUAGAGACUAACAGUUGUAGCCCACUACCAGUAGUCCUUGAUGAUAACAUACAGCAAAACCCUUAAAAAGGUCAAAUUUCUACUAAUCCUUAGGAUACCUUAACUAUUGGGUAGUUUGGCAAGGACUACGAGACUAGUGCCAAUUUUCAACGCUGAGGUAUUGUACAGCAUCUAAGAGGCUUCCUGUUUUCCAUUCAGGGAUCCUGACCUCUGAUCUGUGUAUCAUAUGUAACAACCCUAACACCAUCCCAUGUGAAAAUGUUAUGGUGUAGAACAUUGUGUAAAUUGGAUGUAUGCUACUCAAAACAAGUUAAGACCGACCACAAUUGGAAGGCUGUGUGUUGCAAUACCUCCCAGCCGUGACAGAUUAACUAGUUAUAUGAGUGAGUGAGAUGGGGUUAAUGUCGCUCUGAACAGUAUUCCGGUUAUAUCCCUGCAUUUUAGUUUAAUGUGGGAGGAAAGCCCAAAGUGAUGCACAUCUCAGAUGUUUACCACGAGCACAUGUGUGUAAUAUAAUCAUGGGUCAUAUGAAAGAAAGCAGGUGUUCUUUAACUUCUUUAGAGUAAUAUAUAUGUAUUAACAGCAUGUACAUAACAAAUUAUCUGUACAAAUGUGUAUAUAUUGAAAUAAACUACUUUGUUAUUUUUAUAUGUUUGAAUGUGUCACCAAUUUGAUGUGACAUUCCAAGCACCAAACAUAUAAGUAACAUCCAAUUAUCACUCCCCAAAGGACUAAAUCUUAUAUAUAUUUGUUGUACAAGGCAGGGAAGUUCCAUGUGAGCACCUACCACCAUCGCUUUAAGAAGCUUCAGGAAAUAGAUGUGUAUACAUGGUAUAGGCCUACAUGUAAGGUCAAAACACAUUCCAGUUAAAUUAAAUAUUAAGCAUACAAAGAUCUUCAUGUCUGUUGACAAAACAUUGUCAUAUUGAAACAGAAAACUGUGAACAGCUAUGCUCUCUGUUGGAAGUCGCUGUGCACCUCUAUAAAAAUAUUUUCAAUGCAGAUGAUGAAUUACGAAUGAAGAACACCAAAAUCAAGUUUUAUUACAUCACAAAAAUUGCUGAUAAACAAGUGAAUACAGGAAUAAUACUGACCGCACAUCUGUCUAUACUUCAUCCCUGGACCGUACCUGGGACAGUUCAGCAUAUAUAAUGCCCAUGGAGGUGUUCCACAAGUGCCCAACACCGUCCAGGUGAAUUGCCUGAUGGUGGAGUGCACAAUGGACUAUUA